UGGGUCUUCCACUUCUUUUUUCUCUCUAGCCUCUCAUUCUUCUUCCUCGAUCUCUUUCACUGUGUUCAGUUCUAUUCAUGGCGACUCAAGGUCAAGUUAUCACCUGCAAAGCGGCGGUGGCCUGGGAACCCAACAAGCCAUUGGUGAUCGAGGAUGUUCAGGUGGCUCCGCCACAAGCCGGCGAGGUUCGAGUCAAGAUCCUCUACACUGCUCUUUGUCACACUGAUGCUUAUACCUGGAGCGGCAAGGACCCUGAAGGUCUCUUCCCCUGUAUUCUUGGUCAUGAGGCUGCAGGGAUAGUAGAGAGUGUUGGUGAAGGUGUGACGGAAGUUCAGCCUGGAGACCAUGUAAUUCCUUGCUACCAAGCAGAAUGUCGAGAAUGCAAGUUUUGCAAAUCAGGGAAAACAAAUCUUUGUGGCAAAGUCCGUGCUGCCACUGGAGUGGGAGUGAUGAUGUCAGAUCGUCAGAGUCGUUUCUCCGUAAAUGGAAAACCUAUAUAUCACUUCAUGGGCACGUCAACAUUUAGUCAAUACACUGUUGUUCAUGAUGUCAGUGUUGCAAAGAUUGAUCCCACGGCUCCAUUGGAUAAAGUAUGCCUUCUUGGAUGUGGUGUUCCCACAGGCCUUGGAGCUGUUUGGAACACAGCAAAAGUAGAGCCAGGGUCCAAUGUGGCUAUUUUUGGCCUAGGGACUGUAGGCCUUGCGGUGGCAGAAGGUGCCAAAGCCGCUGGUGCCUCACGCAUAAUCGGCAUUGAUAUUGACAGCAAAAAGUUUGAACUUGCUAAGAAAUUUGGAGCCAAUGAAUUUGUGAACCCAAAGGAACAUGACAAACCUAUUCAGCAGGUCAUCGUUGAUCUCACAGAUGGUGGGGUUGACUAUAGUUUCGAGUGCAUAGGGAAUGUCAAUGUGAUGAGGUCUGCUCUGGAGUGCUGCCACAAGGGCUGGGGGCAAUCGGUCAUUGUGGGAGUUGCAGCAUCUGGCCAGGAAAUAUCCACAAGGCCUUUCCAGUUAGUGACUGGUCGCGUCUGGAAAGGAACAGCUUUUGGUGGGUUCAAGAGUCGUUCCCAAGUCCCUUGGCUCGUUGAAAAGUACUUGAAGAAGGAAAUCAAAGUUGACGAAUACAUAACGCACAACUUGACCCUGGAAGAGAUCAACAAAGCCUUUGAUCUCAUGCAUGGAGGCGAUUGCCUGCGCUGCGUUCUUUCGGCCCAUCCCUAAGCUCUAACGCGAAUUUCAUCUGUUCUUCAUUAUGUAAGUUCCUAAAAUAAUGAUGUGUUGAAAUCUGACCAUAUAUGCAAUGAUCCAUAAUGUUUUCGAUAUUUGAAUUUGGAUGGUAUCGGUGAUGAUAAAAAGUGAACAUGAUAUUAGUGUAGAGAACUUGGUGGAUCCUUGAAGUUGUUUGAUCCUGUGAAUGCUGCAAUCAGUUCCUCCAUCA